UGUCUCGUUCCAUUUGUCCCCGAGUAAAAAGUUCGAAUCCUAUUUCCACACAAACUAGAAUUAAAAAUUUAUAUGUCCCCGAUUACAAAGUUCGAAUCUUCAUUCCCCAUAUGGCUGGUUAGACAUUGGGUUACUGUUCGUAUGUGAAUGAGUUAACCAUAAAAAGCCAGAUUAAACCAAUGUCUGGUCAUGUUACGUUAAUAAACCGAAAUUAGAUCCGACUAAGACCCGAUUACUUGAAUAAAUCCGACCAAAAUCCCUUUCUUUAUCAAACGUAACCCUAAAUCAAAAUAAUCAGAGAGAACAGAGAAAGAGAAAGAGAAGAUUUUCCAUGGCUAAUGAAGUGAACGGUGAGGAAUUUGAUGAAGAAACAGUUGAGAGCGAAGAAAAUGAGAUCGAGCAGGUACUGGAAGACUUCGUCGACGAGCCUCCUGUACGCCACGACGAGUGUCCCUCCAGUGGGGAUGAGGAUGAGAAUGAGGAAAAUGAACCUCGCAGGAAGGCGAAGGAAAAUGUCCCUGUGAAACGCGGUGCUGGAGUACUUUACAAGGGGCAACGUUUCUUGAAUGGUGUGGCUUUCAAGGACUCUGUGCUCGAUUAUGCUCUGAAUACAGGCCGAAAUAUCAAGCAGUACAGAUAUGAUAAGGAUAAGAUUGGGUUCAUAUGUGUUGGUGGUGAAGGAUGUGAAUGGAAAGUGUAUGCGUCCACUCUUCCUAAGGAUAAUGUUUGGAAAGUUAGAGUCUUCAUAGAGGAGCAUUCAUGUAUUCCAAAUGGUGAAUGUGAGAUGUUAAAAGUUCCUCAGAUUGCAAGGCUUUUUGUUGAUAAGAUUAGAGAGGAACCAGAAUACUACAUGCCCAUGAAGAUUGAAGAAUUGGUUCAUGAAAAAUGGGGGUUUACGGUAUCUAGGCCUCAGUUUCAAGCUGCAAGAAAGAAGGCACUAAAGUGGAUUGAGUUCGAGAAUGAUCAUAUGUUUGCCCGGCUAAGAGAUUAUGCUGCUGAGUUGGUCCAUUCAAACCCGGAUUCUACUGUGGAGAUUGAGACUGUGACUAACGAAACUGGUCAGGAAGAGUUCAACAGGAUAUUUAUUUGCUUUGAUAACAUCAGAAGGACAUGGAAACAGUCAUGUAGGCAACUGAUAGGAGUCGAUGGAUGCUUCUUAAAGCACAAAGUCAAGGGACAGCUUCUUGUUGCAUUAGGAAGAGACGCAGAUAAUGCUAUAUAUCCAAUAGCAUGGGGGGCUGUUCAAGUCGAAAACAUAGAAAACUGGUUAUGGUUUGUGAGAAAGCUCAAACAUGACUUGGGAUUGAAUCAGGGACUUGGUUACAUAAUGGUGUCAGAUCGACAAAAGGUAGUGGAUAGUCUUUAUGUGCUUUUGUCUGUAUGUUAAGGAUGAGUUUUGAUGUUGCUGGUUUGAUGUUUUUUAGGGAUUGAUAAGUGCUAUUCAGACUGAGCUACCACAGAUUGAACAUAGAAUGUGUGUACGCCAUAUCUAUGGUAAUCUGAAGAAGAAUCAUGCUAGUAGAAAGGAGAUGAAGUCAUUGAUAUGGCAUUUGGCAUGGAGCUAUAACGAGGCUGAGUUCGAACAACGUUUAGAUAGGAUUUUAUGCUAUGAUGCUGGUGUGUUUGAUGAUGUUCAGAAGAGUAAGCCUAGGACAUGGUGUAGAGCCUUCUACAAGCUGGUAACUACUGCGAAGAUGUAGAAAAUAAUUCUACAGAGUCUUUCAACAACACAAUUUCUAAGGCUAGGGAAUUUGCUUUUGUGCCAAUGCUAGAUGGCAUUCGUAGAUUGGCAAUGGCUCGUAUUGCAAAGAGAUCAGUCAUCUCUCUUGCCCACAAAGGUAUGUUACUCAUAUUCUAUUUAUACUCGGUUUUAAUACAUGUUUCUUGAUCAUUUUUUGUUUGUAUUUCAGGUAUAUGUACACCAUAUGUUACAGACUUUCUUAAGGCUGAGCAUAAAAAUGCAUCGUUGUGCAAGGUUACUAGAAGUACAAAUGGGAUGUAUGAAGUAAAGUUGAGUUCAUGCACUUACCGUGUUAGCUUGGAGAGGAGGACUUGCACAUGCAUGAAGUUCGAAAUCUGUGGCAUUCCUUGCGAGCAUGCUUAUGGAGUGAUGCUGCAAAAGAAAUUAGCCCCUGAAAAUUAUGUGUGUCAGUGGUUUCGCACAUCUACAUGGCGAAGAAACUACAGAGAUGGUCUUAUCCUUGUGCGAGGUGCUGAGUUCUGGCCUAAAACGUCUGCUCCUGAUGUUCAUAUUCCUCCUUGCGAGCACAUGCAUGAAGUUCAAAAUCUGUGGCAUUCCUUGCGAGCAUGCUUAUGGAGUGAUGCUGCAAAAGAAAUUAGCCCCUGAAAAUUAUGUGUGUCAGUGGUUUCGCACAUCUACAUGGCGAAGAAACUACAGAGUUGGUCUUAUCCUUGUGCGAGGUGCUGAGUUCUGGCCUAAAACGUCUGCUCCUGAUGUUCAUAUUCCUCCUGAACCGCCUCAACCUGGCCGAAAGAAGAUUACCAAAGCAGAUAAGAAAAGGAAGAAAGGAGUCAAUGAAUCACCCACAAAGAAAGCCCCAAAGAACAAGAAACGUAUUAUGCAUUGUGGGAUUUGUGGAGAACUGAAUCACAACUCAAGGUUUCACACAAAGCAACAGGCUUCUCAUGGUCCUCCUCGGGUUCCUUCUCAAGUUGCUUCUCCAGCUGCAUCUCAGCAAGUUGCUUCACCUGCUUCUUCAGCAGCAUCUGGUUGUCAUGUUUUGCACGGCUAUGAAGACAUGUGCUGAUGGUCUUUAGCAUUUGGCUUUUAGUUUUAUGUUUGAGUUAUCUCGGAAUGCGGUUGUUAUCCUUUUUUCUAGACAAUUGUCGGCUUUUGGUGUCUAUUUUAACAUUUCUUUUGUUCAAAACCAAUGACAUUUAUCCUUUUUAUGUCUAAUGCCUCUUUUUUUCAACAUAAUGUCUUAAAACCAAGUCAUUAAACAUUGAAAAACAUGUCAUUUAGCAUUGAAAAACAUAGUCAUUUAACAAUAAAAACAGUCUUUCAUUGUGGGUUACAUAACAACAUUACUAAAACACAACAAGCAUAACUAAACUUAACCAUUUUCUUCUUAUCACAUUCACCAUGAUUUGAGACAAAGCUCCAUGAUACCAACCAACACCACACCUCCAACGACAGCUGAUAACAUCAAUUUCUUCAUGCUACCUUUAGCUUCAGCCAACACUUCUUCCACCUUAUCAAACAGCUCUUUCUCCACUUUCAUUUGAACUCUCUCACCCAACAAGAUCUCACUUCUUCUCAUCUCUCUCAACUCUUCUUCAAGUCUUGCAUUUUUGAAUUCAAGUUUUUCAACCUCAUUUAUCAAUGCCUCAUCAGUCCAUUUAAAAAUAUGAUUAUCAUUCUCAAGCUAAAAAAACAACAAACCUUAUUAAAAUCGAUGACAGAAAACAAUACAACUUAUUAAUGAACCUAAUUCAAACAGCACAACAAUAAACAACACAGCUAAUGAGAGACAACUCACCUUCUUUCUUACAGCGAAAGCACAACGAAAAUACCUUCGGUAAGGAUUUUUGUCAGAUUUUGACAUCAGAGGAAGAAUUUCUUCACCACACCAGCAUCUCUUCGAAAUUCCGUUGACCACUCCACCCUGCGACGAGAAGAACUCACUCCAGUCGAUGCUCCAGAUGUGUUACUCGAAUCCCCUGACAUUGUUCUCUCAAAUCUUCAAACACAGAGGAGGGUUUUAGGGUUAUUAUUUCAAUUCGAAUUGGGGUUUUUUUCGUUUAAUCGGGUCUCCUUAAGUUUGUGUAAGGUCGGGUCGGGUUUUAGUUCUGGUCCGAGUUUAGGUUUGGUCGGGUUUUAUUUAAGUUUCUGGUUUAAUUUUGUUUGGUUUGGCGUCCAAAACCGUGGUU